UUUCAGGUAUCUGUGGGUGGGGGGGUGGCAGAAAUUACCCUUGAGGUCAUUUUGUGAGUAGGAGCCAAUUUGUGGCUCAUUUUGACCAAAAAAAGAAGGCAGAAACUCUGAUUUUGGGCUGAUUUUUGACUUUUGUGGUGCACUGCAGGACUGCUGGGGACCAGCGGAGCAUGCUGUGUGAUCAAUUGUCAAAUUACUGAAAUGACCUCUUGGUCGUACACUUAAUAAAAGAGUCUUGCGUUCCAAAGGGAGUGGCGUGGCAAGUGAAGGAGUGCUUAUGAAGAUAUCUAUCUGUAUUUUUGGUGUGUGCAUCAGCUCAUGUUUGAUGAGCCAGAUCGUGACACAAAACAGUCUGCAGUAUGUGCUUUUAAUACUUUGUUGGCUAGAUCCCAAAGAGAGGGAUGGAUGACACUUAGAUCCUAAUGAGAUUGUGCAGCAGGGAAGGAUGACCUACCUUGUAACACCCACGCAUGAAUAAGCAAAAAGGAACUAAAUUUAGCUAAAGAUAAGAUGCUUCAGAAAACAGGGGGAAGACCUGAGAUCUUUUGUCGAAUAAAGGACUGUCAUUUCAGGGCAGAGUUCUUUACCACCAGCUUUCCACAUAUACCCCUCCUUUCUUAUUACACUACUUCAGCCAGACUACAGAACCACUUUUCUGGACAGGCUGCAUGAGUCACUUUGAAACAAGAUGGUGGUUCUCAGAAAAGGUGAUCACAUAUGGAUGGAACUCUCUUCAAGCAGUGAGUUUAAUGUACCCAUUGGUGCAGUUGUGAAGAUUUCUGACUCAGGACGGUUCUUGCUGGAGGAUGAUGAAGGCAAGGAACAUUGGAUAACGGCUCGGAACAUCAGCGCUGUGCGAGCAAUGCAUCCUGCCUCUGUCAAAGGAGUUGAAGAUAUGAUACGCCUUGGAGAUUUGAAUGAAGCUGGCAUUGUACGCAACCUCCUUAUCCGUUACAAGGAACACAACAUCUAUACCUACACGGGCUCGAUCUUAGUAGCAGUGAAUCCAUACCAAGUGCUGCCACUGUACACCAUGGAACAAAUCAGGCUGUACUGUAACAAGAGGAUCGGGGAACUGCCUCCUCAUGUGUUUGCCAUUGCCGACAAUUGUUAUUUCAACAUGAAAAGAAACAAGAAAGACCAAUGCUGUGUCAUCAGUGGAGAAUCUGGAUCUGGGAAGACUGAAAGCACAAAGCUGAUAUUGCAAUUCUUAGCUGCUAUCAGUGGCCAACAUUCCUGGAUUGAGCAACAGAUUCUAGAGGCCAAUCCCAUCUUAGAAGCUUUCGGAAAUGCCAAGACAAUUCGAAAUGACAACUCAAGCCGGUUUGGGAAAUACAUCGACAUUCACUUCAACCAAAAUGGGGUGAUAGAAGGAGCCCGGAUAGAACAGUUCCUCCUUGAGAAGUCUCGGGUUUGUCGGCAGGCUCCGGAGGAAAGGAACUAUCACAUUUUUUACUGCAUGUUGAUGGGGAUGAAUCUGGAACAGAAGAAGAUGUUGAAUCUUGGCACUGCUUCUGAGUAUACCUACCUCACUAUGGGUGAGUGCACUUCUUGUGAAGGUCGUAAUGAUGCCAAGGAAUAUGCGCACAUCCGCUCUGCUAUGAAGAUCCUCAUGUUCUCUGAUUCUGAACACUGGGAUAUAAGCAAACUGCUGGCAGCCAUUUUGCAUCUAGGGAAUGUGGAGUUUGAAGCUGCUGUGUAUGAUAACUUGGACUGUUCUGCUGUGCUGGAUUCUGCACACUUUUCUAUUGCAACCAAACUGCUUGAGGUGGAUGCUGGGGAACUCCACAACAGCCUUACAAACCACUCCAUAAUUAUCCGAGGAGAAAGUGUCUCCAUGCCCCUGAGUGUUGCCCAAGCUGCUGAUGUAAGAGAUGCCUUCGUUAAGGGGAUCUAUGGUCUUCUCUUCUUGUGGAUAGUGAAUAAGAUAAAUGCUGCAAUUUUCAACCCACCUUCCCAGGAUCAUAAACACUUGCGCAGAUCCAUUGGGCUACUGGACAUCUUUGGCUUUGAAAAUUUUAACACCAACAGUUUUGAGCAGCUGUGCAUCAACUUUGCCAAUGAACACCUCCAGCAGUUCUUUGUGCUCCACAUCUUCAAGUUGGAGCAGGAGGAGUAUCUGUCGGAGCACAUCUCCUGGAGCCACAUUGAUUUCACAGAUAACUGUACAGCCUUGGAAGUGAUUGCACUCAAACCCAUGAAUAUUGUGUCUCUCAUUGAUGAAGAAAGCAGGUUCCCUAAGGGAACAGACACCACCAUGCUAAACAAAAUAAACUCUCAUCAUGGCAGAAGUAAAAUCUACAUCCCACCAAAGAGUGUCCAUGACACUGUCUUUGGUAUCAGUCACUUUGCUGGUGUUGUUUAUUACCAAUCUAAAGGUUUUCUUGAGAAAAAUCGUGACAUGCUUAGCUCUGAUGUGAUGCAGUUGGUCCAUUCAUCCAAAAACAAGUUCCUCCGACAGAUCUUCCAAGUGGACACAACCACGAAUGUUGUGUCUUUUGGCCGAGGAAGCAUCAGACAUCUGGGAGUUGAUCCCACCCUCAAGUCAUUGUCCCGUUGUGGUUUUGCACAGUCCAGAACAUCUCCUCCUGCUUUUGGACAGGGAUCAGAUACCUCCAAACGCUUGUCUACAUUAGGGGGCCAAUUCAAACAGUCCCUGGAGCAGCUGAUGAAAAUCCUGGGUAACUGCCAGCCAUAUUUUAUCCGCUGCCUCAAACCCAAUGACUACAAGAAACCGAUGUUGUUUGAUCGGGAACUCUGCAUCCGACAGCUGCGCUAUUCGGGGAUGAUGGAAACCAUUCGGAUUAGGAAGGCUGGCUAUCCAAUUCGCUACAGUUUUUUAGAGUUCUUUGAGAGAUACCGAGUCCUGCAGCCUGUGUCUUCUCAAGAGCAGCUGAAGAAUGAUGCUCGCGAGUGCUGCAUUUACAUCUGUGAGAGGGUGAUAGGAAAAGAUGACGAGUGGAAAACUGGAAGAACCAAAGUUUUCCUGAAAGACUAUCAUGAUACAGUCCUGGAGGUACAACGAGACAAAGCACUUACAGAGAAAGCUGUUCUUAUUCAGAAAGUGCUGAGGGGGUUCAAAGACAGAAAACAAUUUCUGAAGCAGAGGCGCAGUGCCGUGGUUAUUCAGACUGCCUGGCGGGGCUAUUGCUGUCGGAAGAACUUCAAAAUGAUCAUGGUGGGUUUUGAGCGCCUGCAAGCCCUUUUCCGGAGCAGACAGCUUGUGAAGCAGUACGAAACAGCCCGGGCAAGUGUGAUUAAGUUCCAAGCUUUGUGUCGAGGUUACCUGAUGCGCCAGAAAACAGCUGAACAGAUGAAAGCUGUCUGUGUGAUACAGGCUUAUGCCAGAGGCAUGUUUGCCCGUAGGACCUUUCACAGAAUGAAGAGAGAGGAGUGUGUGGCUGUUCAUGAAGAAGAAAGGGUUGGCCAGAAGCUAAAGAAAAGGGAUACUGAUGACAGCAAACAUGAAACACUUUAUGAUGCCAUCAGUGACCAAGAAAUGGUGGACAGAGUAUUUGGCUUCUUGCCUCCUUUAAUUGGAGGGCAAGAAGGAGAAGCACCACUGGGCUUUGAGGAUCUGGAGGCAAAGACAGAAAUGCACAGACUGAAUGAGAUAGACCUGGAUAUGAUCCCUAUGACCAUGGAGCUGGAGGAGGAGGAAACGGAUGAUCUAGUAGAGUACACAUUCCCCAAAUUUGCAGCCACUUACUUCCAGGGAUCCUCUACGCAUACACACAUUCGGCGGCCACUGCGCCAUCCACUGCUCUACCAUGAUGAGAAAGAUGAUAUCCUGGCAUCUCUCGCUGUUUGGACCACCAUCUUGCAGUUCAUGGGUGAAUUACCAGAGCUAGUGAAGAACAGCAACAGCAAGAGUAGCUCUGAGAUCACUCAGCUCUAUGAUAGCUUUGGCAAGAAAAGCCAGCUUCAGUCCUUGGGCAACAACAGUCCUGAUCUGAGAGACAACAAAAGGGACAACAAGUUCUCGAAGGUCAUUUCUUCUGUGAAAAUGAAACGCAACUCCAAGCUGACUGGAAAGGUGGCAAGCCAGCUGACCAGUGGGGAAGACAUGUUCCGGGAGGAGAGCACAAUGUCUGAGAGGCCCAUGUCUAACCUUGAAAAAGUGCACUUCAUUAUCGGCAAUGCUAUCCUGCGUCCGGCCAUCAGAGAUGAGAUUUACUGUCAGAUCUGCAAGCAACUCACUGAGAAUAACAAUAAGACUAGUUAUCUUAGAGGUUUGAUCCUGCUGUCACUCUGUCUCGGUUCUUUCCCUCCCUCAGACAAGUUUGUGAAGUACCUGCUGAAUUUCAUCCGAGGUGGACCAAUUGUGUACACAGCGUACUGUGCAGAAAGGUUGAGGCGCACGUAUGUUAAUGGAGCACGUUCUGAACCACCAAGUUGGCUGGAGCUACAGGCAACAAAGAGUAAGAAGCCCAUCACGCUCAGUGUGACCCUGAUGAACGGCAGCAGCAUCACAGUCCCUGCGGAUUCAGCCUCCACUGCAAAGGAGAUCUGCCAUCUGAUAGCUGAUAAAAUGAAGCUGAAGGAUAUAUUUGGGUUCUCUCUCUACAUUGCUUUGUAUGACAAGACUUGGUCACUGGGUAGUGGACGGGAUCACAUCAUGGAUGCCAUUUCUCAGUGUGAACAAUUGGAAAGGGAGAAAGGUGGCCAUGAGCGCCACACUCCGUGGCGUCUCUACUUUAGGAAAGAGAUCUUCACUCCCUGGCACAACUCUAAAGAAGAUCCAGUCAGCACUGAGCUCAUCUACCAUCAAAUCAUCCGUGGGAUCCGGUUCGGUGAAUAUCGCUGUGAGAAGGAGGAGGACUUGGUGGAGAUUGGAGCCAAAUAUUGCUAUGUCCAGUUUGGAGAAUCUAUCCAAAAUGAGUUGGUAGAAAACAUACUUCAGGAGUGUAUUCCAACAAAACUACUAAGGUCCAAAUCCAGGGAGAAGUGGGUGAGCCUCAUCACAUAUGCUCAUGCCAAGGCCCCGUACACCCAGGACCGGCUUUCCCCUCAGAGUGUGAAGGAGCAGCUGGUGGAUUUUGCUCGCUUUCAGUGGCCUCUCCUUUUUUCUAGGUUCUUUGAAGUCACCAAAUUUUCAGGGCCCAGCCUGCCCAAAAACCAUUUCAUAGUGGCAAUUAAUUGGAAAGGUAUCUGCUUCCUGGACGAUUCAGAAAAAAGACUGCUAGACUUGUCUUUUCCAGAAAUUACUGGCAUUCAUACUAGCAGGGCAGUCAAGACAUUUGGACAAAGCUGCACCCUCACCACAUUGCGUGCAGAAGAGUUUGUCUUGACAUCGGUCAACAGCGUUGUCAUUGCGGAGCUAGUGGUCAUGUUUCUGGAAGGACUGAAGAAGAGGUCACAAUACGCUGUGGCAAUGCAGGAGAACAAGCAGCAAGAUGACCCAAUGAUUCUGGCCUUUAAGAAGGGGGAUUUGCUGAUUCUAGCCCAGGACAAAGGACUAGAAGAAGGCCAAAGCUGGGUCCAUGCUCAAAAUGAACGAACUGACAGAUCUGGGCUUGUGUCCCAAGAGGCCAUCUAUGUCAUCCCCUCUGUUACAAAGCCUUCUAGUCAAAUACUGAGCUUGUUGAUGAUGUCACCUGAACAACGGAGAUUGGCAUCGCUAAAUUCUCGUACAGAGGAACCUGAGGAGGAAGAAGUGAAGGUGAAUCCAUACACUCUUGAAGAAUUCUCCUAUGAGCACUUCAGGGUUCCUGAGAAGGAGUCCAUCAGCAAGGCUGUCUUACACAAGUCCCGUGGGCGGAGCCAUUUGUGGGCUCACUCGCGGGAGCCCCUGAAACAGCCCUUGCUGAAGAAGGUGUGCACCAAUCCAGACCUUUGGGACUUUGCUUGCCAGAGCUUCAUUGCUAUAAUGAAAUACAUGGAAGACUAUCCCUCAAAGCAAGAGAGAUCCCCUGUGGAGCUCACUGACCAGAUCUUUGUAGUGGCAAUUCAGGAAGAAGUUCUGCGUGAUGAAGUCUACUGUCAAAUCAUGAAACAGCUGACAGAGAACAAUAACAGGCGCAGCGUGGACAAUGGUUGGCAGUUACUCUGGCUCUGCACAGGCCUUUUCCCUCCUAGUAAAUCGCUGCUGAAACAUGCUCAGAAGUUUAUGGAGACUCGUCACAAAGAGAACCUGGCUUCGGAGUGCAGACGUAGGAUCCAGAGGGUGAUGAGGAGUGGCUGUCGGAAGUGGGGCCCCCACAGUGUGGAAGUGGAGGCAAUCCAAAAGAACAUCACAAAGAUCUCCCACAAGGUUUGCUUUCCAAAUGGUUCAGAACAGGUGUUUGAAGUAGGAACAAACACAAAAGUACGGACUCUGUGUCAGACCAUUGCCUGCAAACUGGAACUGAGUUCCUGGGAAGGAUUCAGCCUCUUUGUCAAGACUGCAGACAAGGUGAUCAGCCAGAAUGAAGCCGAUUACUUCUUUGACUCCUUGAAACAAGUGACAGACUGGACACGGAAGAACAGACCUGGCAAAGAGGUGGUUCCUGUGACUGUGAGUUACCAGGUAUACUUCAUGAGAAAGUUAUGGCUAAAUGUGACUCCUGGGAAGGACUUGAAGGCUGACUGCAUCUUUCAUUACCAUCAGGAACUGCCAAAGUAUCUUCGUGGCUAUCAUAAGUGCUCAAAAGAGGAUGCCAUCCAGCUAGCUGGACUGAUCUUCAAAGUUCAGUUUGAGAGUCAGCGAAUGCAACAGGCAAUUCCCAAAAUACUGAAAGAACUAGUACCUGAGAACAUGAUCCGGACAAUGUCACCAGAGGAGUGGAAAAGGAGUAUUAUUUCUGCCUGCAACAAACAUGAACAGAAAACUGAGGAUGAAGCCAAGAUUGCCUUCUUGAAGUUCAUUUAUCGUUGGCCAACAUUUGGUUCAGCCUUCUUUGAAGUGAAGCAAACCUCAGAGCCAAAUUUCCCAGACAUUGUAUUGAUUGCUAUCAACAAACAAGGAGUUUCCCUAAUACAUCCCAAAACAAAGGAGAUCUUGACAGUGUAUCCCUUCACUAAAAUUUCUAACUGGAGCAGUGGCAGCACCUACUUCCACAUGACCAUAGGGAACCUAGUACGAGGCAGUCGGAUUCUUUGUGAGACAUCUCUGGGAUACAAAAUGGAUGACUUGUUGACAUCAUAUGUGCACUUGUUAAUGAAUGCUGUAAACAAACAGAAGACUACCUGACACCAUGACUGGCAGUAGCCCAUUAUUCACCGCUGUGCCAAACUGACAAUAUUUUAUGUCUUGUGAUUAAUUCAUCUUUAACUUGGUAUUUGUCAGCACUGUUACAAAUUGUACCUCUUCUUGGCCCUAGUGGAAUGAACUGUAAAACUGCUGCAAUAGCAGAGAUAUAUGUUGGCUUAUGUUGGCAAAAGCAUAAUCUUUCCGUCUUGGUAUACAAAUUCAGGGAUUACAACAUAGCUGGAUUUCAUUCCAAAGUACUCUCUGUUUUCACAGAUUUUAUUCUCCUUUCCUGAAAAUACACCCUGUACUCAGUCAAGCUAUCCAUUCCCCUUAAGCAGUAAAGAGAGCAUGUCAGAGUGCUUUGGCCUUCAGCACAAACUCAAUAGAGUAAGUUACCUUUUAAGCACAGAGGAAUUACACUGAAAGAGAGCAGCAUCUCCAUGACAUGAAGAUUCAGCCUGCUCUGUGAAUGUUGCCUUAGUUUGGGAGUACUGGUAUGCAUCACCCUCUAAAUUGGCUUUAGUGAUCUACCACUCUCCUCUUCUCAUCCUGAAACUUCAGAGCUCAUGCCAGCAACACCAUUGGAUUAAACUUUAAGUUGCCACUUAAACAGAACAUGUUGGAUGCCUCUGAAUAUCAGUUGCAGGGCAGCAACAGUAGGAGAGCAGGCAUGCCUUCACCUCUUGUCUGUGGGCUUCCCAGAGGCAUCUGGCUGGCCACUGUGGGAAACAGAAUGCUGGACUAUAUGGCCCUGAUUCAGCAAGGCUGUUCUUAAGUUCCUAUGUGAAUACUGAGUAUACUGUACAGCAAUUUUACAAUUGUUGGACAUAAUGUGUUAAUAGAGCUAAGGGAUGUGUGCUAAGUGGAUUCCAAAUGUAGCUUUAUUGUUGAACUUAUCUGGCAAGAAUACUAAAAACAAACAUGGCAAGCAGGAAACUGCUGUUGGUCUGUCUGUCCACAGACAGUUCACAAUUCAACCUAUUAAUAGGUGCAAGUCUAUCAAAAUUACAAGUCAAUGGGUGCAUGUCUAUAGAAGCUAUUCCCACAGGAGUAACACAUUGUUAUAUCUAUGUAAACUACUUUGAAAACUUUUGUUGAAAAGCAGUUUAUAAAUAUUCAUUGUAUUCGUACAUUGAAUGUAGGUACAGCAGUAUACUUUCUACCUGUACCAGGUUCACUUUUAAAAUGAAUGCACAUACAAUCAUUCAUUCCAAACAUGUAUGAGUGUAUAGAUAUCUGAAUGCAACAUUAUGUUUGAACAGGGCUUUUGUCUAUCUUCCUCCAUUUCAUACAGCUCUUUUGCUGACAUGGCCGUUCCUAUAGUAAACUGCUCCCAAUCAAAGAACUGGAAAGAUACUCCUAAUGUUACAAUGCCUUUUCAGAAAAAGAGGACACCAAAGUUGUUCUUCCUGAAUCAGAUCUUAACUAUUGUAGCACAUUUACACCAAGGUCCUUGAAGCAGUUUUCAGCAGCUGAGCAAAAUCAGCACAGUUGGGUUCCCCCAUCAUUUGCCAAAGUAGGCAUCAUAUGCUGUUGUCCCUAGAAGAGGGUGUGCAAUGCUUGCAAGUAGGCUUAUUUGAGCAUAGAUGCGAUUUGUGUGUGUGUGUUUUU